AUGGCCAAAUCUACGAAAUCUGGCAGCGCGAGGCCAUCGCGGAGCCCGCAGCCUGGGAAAAUCUCCCGUCAGAAACCACAGGAUUAUACUUCAGAAGGAGUGGCAGACCAUGACAUCUUCCUCCUCCCUGGGUCCGACUACCAGACCAUGCUUGGCCUCACGGUACUGGCAACGAUUGUCAGACUCUUCCGGAUAUACCAGCCAAGCAGUGUCGUCUUCGAUGAAGUACACUUCGGCGGAUUCGCAUCGAAAUACAUCAAGGGCAAAUUCUUCAUGGAUGUGCACCCUCCCCUCGCAAAGCUGCUUCUCACACUUGCCGGAUGGUUAGCUGGAUUUGAUGGAGAGUUUGAUUUCAAGGACAUUGGCAAGGACUAUCUCGAGCCUGGUGUGCCAUACGUGGCUAUGAGAAUGUUGCCAGCCAUUUGCGGUAUUCUUCUGGUCCCGGUUAUGUUCUUGACCUUGAAGGCAACCGGGUGCAGGACUGCGACGGCUGCUCUAGGCUCCUCUCUGAUCAUUUUCGAAAAUGGCCUUCUCACCCAAGCACGCCUGAUCCUGCUCGACUCUCCCCUUAUGAUCAUGACCGCCUUAACUGCAUUGGCAUUUGCCUCAUUCACGAAUCAGCAUGAGCAAGGCCCCUCGAAAGCUUUCCAGCCAUCAUGGUGGUUUUGGCUUGCGACGACCGGCCUUGGGCUAGGUGCGACGGUUAGCGUUAAGUGGGUUGGGCUUUUCACAAUUGCUUGGGUUGGAAGCUUGACUAUCGUGCAGUUAUGGGUCCUGCUUGGGGAUGUCAAGACUGUGACGCCGCGAAUUUUUGCCAAACACCUUGUUGCCAGGAUCUUCUGCCUCAUCGUCAUUCCCCUAGCGUUUUACAUGGCUAUGUUUGGAAUCCACUUCCUCAUUCUCCAGAACCCGGGCGAUGGUGAUGGAUUCAUGAGCUCCGAGUUUCAAGCCACCCUCAAUUCCAAGGGCAUGCAGGACGUUCCGGUUGAUGUUGUUUUUGGCAGCCGAGUUAGCAUUAGACAUCACAACACUCAAGGUGGAUACCUGCACUCACACAACCUUAUGUACCCGACUGGCAGCAAGCAGCAACAAAUUACCCUCUACCCGCAUAAGGAUGAGAACAAUGUUUUCUUGCUUGAAAAUCAAACGCAGCCGCUCGAUGUCACCGGACAGCCAAUUAACGGCUCGUUUGCUUGGGAUUCCAUUAACCCAGAGUAUAUCAAGGAUGGCGAUACUAUCAAGCUCUUCCACCUCCAAACCAGCCGCCGUUUACAUUCUCAUGAUGUCCGCCCACCUGUGACUGAGGCCGACUGGCAAAAUGAAGUCUCCGCUUAUGGAUAUGAGGGGUUUGAAGGCGAUGCCAAUGAUCUGUUCCGAGUCGAAAUUAUCAAGAAGAUGUCCGAUGGCGAGGAAGCUAAGAAGCGUCUUCGAACAAUUCAGACAAAAUUCAAGCUUGUUCAUGUUAUGACUGGCUGUGUCCUGUUCUCGCACAAAGUCAAGCUUCCUGAUUGGGCCUCCGAGCAACAGGAGGUUACUUGCGCGAAGGGAGGAACUCUCCCUAACAGUGUCUGGUACGUCGAGCAGAAUGAACACCCUCAACUUGGUGAGUCUGCCGAGAAGGUCAACUACAGAAACCCAGGGUUUUUCGGUAAAUUCUGGGAGCUACAGAAGGUUAUGUGGCAUACAAAUGCGGGGCUUGUCGAGUCUCAUGCUUGGGACUCUCGCCCACAGUCGUGGCCCCUCCUUAGACGUGGUAUCAACUUCUGGGGCAAGGACAACAGACAGAUAUACCUCAUUGGCAACCCCGUCGUUUGGUGGAGUUCGAGCUUGGCAAUUGUCGUCUAUGUCGCCUUCAAGGGCCUUGCAGUUCUGCGUUGGCAAAGAGGCUUUAAGGAUUAUGAGAAUCCCGUUUUUAAGCGCUUCGACUACGAAAUCGGUACUAUGGUCUUGGGGUGGGCAUUCCACUACUUUCCAUUCUACCUGAUGCAACGCCAACUCUUCCUACAUCACUACUUCCCAGCACUUUACUUCGCCGUAAUUGUUCUUUCCCAAACUUACGAUUACAUUACGGCCCGUAUCCCUGGCGUUGGGCUUCGCGAAAACCCCAUUAUAGGUCGUCUCGGUGCACUCAUCUUCUUGAUCCUGAGCGCGACCGUUUUCGUUCUGUACUCCCCGCUUGCCUAUGGCAAUCCAUGGACACAGGCUGCUUGCAAUAAAGUCAAGCUUUUUGACACCUGGGACUUCGAUUGCAACACUUUCUUGACUGAGUAUUCCCAAUAUUCUAGCCCAGUCCUCGCUGCGCACGACGAUGUUCACAAGACAGAGUCCCCUCUUAUCCCGUCUGAUGCUCCCCAGCCGCCACCAGCACCGGCCGGGGAACAGCAACCCCUCGUGCAAGACCCUCCAGUGUACAUGUCGGAGGCUCCUGAGCCUCUGGUCUCUGCGCCACCCAUAGCUGCUCCCGCAGGUCACAGCAUCGUCUCUCGUGAGGAGAAGGUUGAGUAUCGGGACCAAGACGGUAACCUCCUAUCCCCAGAGCAAGUCAAGGCGCUCGAGGGAAAGGUUAGCUUUAAGACACGCUACGAGACCCGAACUCGUAUGAUAGACCCUCAAGGAAACGAGAUCGACCCUGAUACUGGAGCGGGCGUCGCACCUCCUCACCCAGACGUGGAAGGUGUUGACUCAUCAACAGUGGGCAAACCCGAACCCGAUACCCAGGAUAAGCCGAUGGAGCAAAGAGAAGUCCAGGCGGAUGAGAGCAAGGAAGCGAAGGUGUUGAAGUCAGAUGGUGGUGCAGCAAAGCCUGCAAGUGAAGGCAACGAGGCGACAGGGGCUGCAUAA